AUGACUCCCAAUUCCUCCCCCAUUCGUGGCUCGGCUAGCACCGCGCACUCAGUCCCUGUCACCAAUUCGAACGCCGAUUGCCGCGACGAAUUCGAAUGUCGAGAGGACGACGGCGAGCACGCCGAGAGUGAGCAUGAAGCAAGCGAGGGUGAGGGCAAUGAGCAGGGCAUGGUAAGCCUUGCUGCACGACGUGAGUCUCUUGUCCUAUCCGUCCUCGGACUCGGGGCAGACCCGGGACUUUGGCGCGAUUUUUUACUGACGGUUGCUGCUCGCCACCCGCCGUCUGGCUCUGGCCGAGAUUCUAGUUCAAGCGUCGAAUAACGCGAUCAUCGCCAGUUGCACCAGCACAUCCAACUUGGCGCCCAAGACAGUCAGCGCAUACGAAAAAUCGCUCAAAUCUUACACCAAAUUCAUGGCUGAAACGUGGCCCGGCGCUUGCGUUCGACCGAUCGACCCAGAUAUGGUCUUGAAUUUUUUGAGCUCCGAGUCCAAGCGACCCGCGCGCAGAUCAGGUACGGGUGUCGAUCAAGGCGAGGACAUUGAAGGCACGACCAUUGGUGUUUCGGUGCUGAAAAAUGUGAGUAUUAUAUCUCAACUAUGGCUUUUGACUGGCCUCUGCACCUAGCGAAUUGGGCGUCUAUUGAUCGCGCCAUGCCGGCUUCCCCACCGUUCAUAGCAUCUCAACGCCCUCGAACAUGUAAGCUCGCAUGCCUUUCCCUUCGUACCCGCAAUGAAUCUACUCCCUUGAAUAACACAUGUUGCUUGCUUUUGACGUGCCUCCAGUACCGUGUAAUCGAUUCAAUUGAUCGCACAAGCGUUGCGGCCCGGGGCAAGCUGCGAGAUUUUCCCCCGAUCGGUAAUCUCGAGGCCGGCUGGAAGAAACGCGAGGCCGGUCGAAAGAAGUCCGCCCAGACCAACAAAAUCGAAGGAACGGCAUCCGACAAUGUCACCAAAGAAGAACAACUACAAAUUAGUGAACACCUUCUUUGCCAGGGGCCGACCGGUAAGCUGACUGCCGUACACUCGGUGACCCGGUCGCUUCGCAACCGCGCCAUGUGGGCAGUCUCGCUCGCCACGCUAUUCCGCGGCGACAACACUCGUGCUCUCGCCUUCUCGGAUUUGUCAAUGCGAGCGCUCGAACGACCGGAUCACCCGCCGAUCAAGACGCUCUAUAUCGUGGCCGAUUCGGGCAAGACGAACAAGGAAGGUCGUCUCGACUACAAGCCCGUUGCCCGUCAUUUCGACCCUCGUAUUUGCAAUGUCGGCGCGGUCGCCUUCUACAUGUGGUUCCGCGAUGAGUACACUGGAGGACUCCCAUAUGGUUCGUUCGAGCCAGAUUUCUCUAAAGGCAGUUCGAAAUACGGGUAUCGAGAAUGGUACAACGUCCCCCUUUUCCCGAGCGCAUUUAGCGGCGACGCACAGCUGCAUCCGAUCUCCUACUCGGGUGAGUCGGCACUCUUGGUGCCUGAUCGGAGGGCGCUUAGCUCGACUUGCUGAGAUCGGUCGGUCGCUGACUGAAACCUUUGCUCGUCUUCGCUUAUGCCUGCGAUGGGGAUGGGAUCUUCAACUUCGCCAUCUUCUUCGUCUAGGUCACAACGUUGCCGUUUCGACGUUCCUCAAGGAGUGUGAUGUGCAUUCUAGUCACACGACUCAUCUCAGUCGCAUUGCUGGUGCCCAAAUGUCGGCGGAGAGAGGCGCGAAUGAAGCCGGCACGAAGGCUCUUGGAGGCUGGAGCGAUGGCACCUUCCGCAGCGUCUACCAACGUGGCGAUCCAACCACCUCCUUCAUUGCCCUCGCCGGUUUUAAUGGAAAGUUUUCCGAGAGGUACUACGUGGCUCGUGAUAUCGAGGCUGGUAUGUCUACUCCUUCAUCGAGCUUUUUGGUCUGGCAAUAUUGACCUCUCCGUCCCGUCGCUUUCCCAGAUGUGCCUGACGAUCUUCAACGACUUAUCUUCCCAUGGGUCGAAGCCGCUUUGGCCGAAUUCGAGGAGCGCUUUGAGGCCGAUGAGCUCUGUCAAGACAAGGCGUUGGUUGGUCACUUGAAGCUGCUCCAAUGGUUCAGACUCGUCAUCCUUCAAGAUGCGGCGUUUUUGAUUCAAGCCUUUCCAGAUGCACCGAUUUUCCAAGCGAGCCUGUUUCAGUCGGACCGAUUUCGAACGUGGGCUCCGCAUUUUGUGGCCAGUGUGGAGGGGAAUGGCCGUGAAGAAGCCGCCCUCAAAGUGGUGUACGGCGGCCUCCUUGAUUCCAUCGUCGACAGGCUUGGCGCCCAGCAAUCCUCAGAGCGCCAGUCUGCAACUGCUCACCUUCGCAGCGAUAAUCGUCGAAUCUUGGAACUUCUCAUCGAACAGCAUAAUCGAGGCGGUCACUUUCACGGUCAUGUAAGGAAGCGACGACGACACGAAUUUGUCCGCGACUUCGAUGACGACGAUGACAAUUCCGACGACGAUCGUCGUGAUUUGUCGGAUGCGCACAUGUCCGCGCCUACAAGUACGUAUCUGCUACCUUCUGCGUGCAUCAACUGGUGUUCCUACCCAAUGCUUACUUGCCUCUCCUUUGUAUUACCCUUGUAUUAUGAUAUCGAGAUGCUAGUCGGAGGCCGCACCCACCGCAAUCGCCUUCGUCAAGCCCAGCCUUAG